AUGGAGGCAUUUUUUGAUUUCAGGUAACCAUCCUCAAAUAGUUUAGUUAUUUCGAAGAUCUAAGAAAAAUUUGUUCUUAGGAUACUUACAAGGAAAAGUUGAGGGUCUUCCUAUUUAAUCCGUAUAUGGAAUUGAAGGAGCAUCAAGAAAUAGUGGACCUCUUCAUUGAAUAUGUAUUUUGGUUCUCAUCUCAAAUAGGCGGAAUUGUCUCGUGAGUAUGGAAUCACUUUCGAACAUAUGAUCAAUCAUAACAUAGGCAUUAAAGAACCCUAAUUCUAUCAUUACUUUUUCAAUAAGCUCAAAGAGACCAAUUUCAGAAAAGCUCUCUAAUGUAUUUAAAUGGCUAAGCAGUAUAAUUUUAUAUAUUAUUAUAAAAUAGAUUUUGCUAUUCAAAUUUUGAGUAAAUUGAGAGUAUGAACAAGGAAUUGGAGAACAUCCUUCUCUUCUAAUUUGAAUCCUAUUACCACUCUCAAAACUGCUCCAAAAAACAAAUCGAAGAGAAACUCAAACAAUUUGAACUCAAGUUUUAUUAAUCCAAAAACAAGAGAAUCCAAAUCCACAUCGAUGAACAAUACAGGAAACUAGAUCUCAAAGCCAUGAUCCAUGAAAUUGAGUCAUUCAAAGAAAACAAAUGCCACAUCUCCACUCAAAUCCCAAUAGCCCAAUCCUACUUUCUGAAUCCAGAAGAAGCAGACUUCAACAGCCAACUAGAAUCAAAGGAAUUCAAACUCAUCAAACCCAAAUUUCAAAACAAUCGCAGCAACCUUCAAAUAGCCACUCAAUCCCCUAAUUUCUCUAAUGACAUCGCUGUGUCCGAAGAAAUCAAUAAACUCACUCCCAUCAGUUCCUCCUCCACAUCCAGCAGGUACAUCUUCAAAAUGAAUAAUAAUUACAACAUCAAAUCCAAUCAACAACAAAAAUUAAUCAUACCAAUACCCACCAUCAAUUAAUAAAUCAGCCCAUUAAAGUCCUUAAACAGAAUGAAGUACAAAAGCAUCCAGAAACUAAGAUAACUGAUUUUUGAAGACAUCGUUAAAAGUUCGGUCAAGGAACCCUUAAAAUUUGAUUCCCCUUAAUGA